AACGUUUUCAGUACUUGGCAGCAUUUAGGCUAACAAAAGCUAUAACAAAUUGCCGACAUCACACUCUGCAGUCCAGUACGUUUAGUUUAGUGUACUUUGCACGCAAGACCGUAAGGUUUACAGACGGCUUUUCAUACAACGUUUUGUGUUGAGCCUUUCAGAUAUUAAUCGCUUAACGGCGCGCUUUUGAGUCUAGCUUUUGAGCUCGCGGCAGCGGGCAAGGCCGCUGCCCUCAGCAGCGAUGGCUUGUUUACGCCACAGGAGACAGCGUUGGUAGCUUUACGCCCUACAAAUAGCACGCAGCGGGUGAAUGGGUUGCAUUUGUUCCAGGGCCGUGGUGCACCCAGAAGUUGCCACCGCCGACACGCAGCAGCAUUUGGAUAAGCCUUGGAAGAAGAAUCAGGUACUGCCUGUAAACGAGAAAGCUGAACAAGCGGAGGCCGCGGGCUUUCAGCAACAAGUUCAGGAGGCGAAGUCCUUGCCAGCUGCCUUUGCGGGGAACGGCAAGGAUGCUGAAGCAGAUGGCAAGGCAUUUAGGAGUGUGUUUACAGACCUUCAGGACCUUUGCACCGACAAGGUGGAUGGGACACGGCUUACGAACCUUGCCGAGCGUCUUCACGAGAUCCUUAAGCGCCGGUUACCAAGCGCUUUAAAGGCCUGUACACAGCCAAGCGAUGUGGCCAUCUUCCUGGGCGUAGCGAAGCGGGCAGUCGCGUGCUGCAACUCCAUUAUUCAGCCCAUGCUCUUGCACAUCAACCGCAUAUUGAGCAAUCAGCACGCCAGCUCCUCAUGGUCGGAAGGAACCAGCUGGGAACAGGUGGAGUUCUCCGAUUUCCUGGGUAUGUUGGAGGACGCAAGCACCGCAACAUUCGACCAGGGCGUCAUGGAAGUUGGUCGGCCGGUGGCGUUGCUCAUGGAGCUCCUGCACGACCUCCGUCAACACUGUGACGCUUAUAAGCUGUCAUGGGAGGCUUCAACAACACAGGUUCCAGCCCUCGAUGAGCUCAUUGGCAUGGUGGGCAUCAUAUUCUUUCGAAAAGUUGUUCUGGAAACUGCCGAAACUGCUCAGAGCAAGCUGGAGCAGUACCAGCAACUGCAGGAGCAGAUUGGCUGGACGGAUGCCCAACUGGCAACAUGCACUUGUCCGGAAGCACGUGCCAUGCUGCUGUACCUGCACCAGGUGUCUUCAGCAGGCGAGAAGCGCACGAAUGUGAUGGUCCGGCGCUCGUCUGCCUUUUGGGAUUCUUUCGAGUGCGCGCGGAGGGACGGGCUGCUGCCGGCGUCCCACGGGCCCAUGUGUCACAAGUACUUUCCUCUCUUCGUCUCGGAGUACGCUGCGGGAACGGCUGGAAGCGGCCGGAAGCGCGCAGUGGAGGCUGGCGAGGGUCACGGCCCCCGUAAGGAGUUCUUCAUGUUGGCUGGGCAGGACAUGACGGGUCAUGCGGAACAGCAGCAGCUGCAGCAAGCAGCAGGAGCGGCUGGCGGCGGUGCCUCAUCCCCUGAGGCUGCAGCCGCAGUGGCUGCGGCUGCAAGCAUCUUUAGGGAAUCCUCAGGUGGCGCUUCUGCCGCCAGCGGCGGCGGUGCCGAUGUCGGCAGCAGCACCAGCGGCGGCGGCGCAACCCAGGCUAGCGGCAGCGGCAACAGCCACUCCCGACGGCCGCCUCUUUGGCUGUACAACCGUACCGCGGGGGCCUACUGGUACAACACCACACUCUCCGAAACCCCAGAGCUGCGGGGGGCUUACGCCUUUGCCGGCUGGCUCAUGGGCCAGUGCAUACUCAACCGCGCACCGCUGGGUCUCCUGCUGCCGCCCGUGCUCUUCCGUGCGCUCAUAGAGGGCCACAGCUCAGCGCAUGGGGCGCAACAUGGGUCGGAAGGCGGCGCCGGCGCCAAUGGCGGCGGCCCUGGCGGCGGCUUCCAACCCACGUUGGACAUGUUGGCUGAGUUUGACCCCGACGCGGCGGCGGCGGUACGCAACGUGGCAGCGCUGCCGGCGGACCAGCUGCGGGGGAUGCUUGAGCUGGAGGGGCUUCCCGGGGACUGGAGCGCGGAGCGAUACACACAGCACGCCGUGUCGCAGGUACUGCGGGACGGAGUGGCCUGGCAGUCCAAGGCCGUGGCGGCGGGGUUGUUUGCGGCGGUGGAUCGCAGGUUGCUACGUGCGUGGCAGCUGGGGCCGGCGGCGCUAGCGGCGUUGGUGGCGGGAGGGAGCGGCGGCGGCGGAGGCGGUGCCGCCGGCGGUGAAGUGCCGACGGAUCUCUCAAAGCUCUUCCGAGUGGCGUUAGAUGAGGAGCUGAGCGGGUCGAGUGCGGUGCUUGUGGAGAUGCUUUGGGAGGUGCUGGCGGGGUGGCCGGCGGAGCGGCGGCGGCGGUUUGUGGAGUUUGUGACGGGUACGGCACGGCUGCCGCUGCCCGGCAGCGAGUUGUUGAAAAUCCAGGCGCCGUUUGUGGCCAUGGGAGCUGCGGAGCACAAGGCGACGCUGGGGAUGUUGCCGCAGGCUCACACUUGCGACAAUCUGCUCGAGCUUCCCAACUACUGGGAAAGCCUGCUGGCGGUGCGCGGCAUCCGCGGCGGGCCGGCGGCAGUGACCCGUGGGUCGGCUCAGCUAACGCCGGAACAGCUGGCGGAGCUGCGAGCGGAGGCGCGGCGCAUCCUCGAGGAGCGGCUUGAGCUCGCUGUGAUGAACUUCCAGGGUUACGGGCUGGACGAGAGGACGGGGGCGCGGGGCGGGGGCUCAAGUGACGGAGGCGGUGGCGGCGGCGGCAAAGAUGGGGAUGACGGCUCGCAACGCAACCCGCGAGGAGACCUAGCCGGUCCGGAGCCCUCCGUGCUUCCCGACCUCCCACUCACCCCUGCCGCCCUCACAGCGGACAGUCUGGCCUCUCUGGCCCGCCUUUCCGCUAGCAGCAGCGUCCUUCAUGCAUCCCACCCGCUCGCCUUUAGCGCCGCUGCUGCAGCUGCAGCAGCAGCUGCCGCCGGGCCCGGCCAGACAGCGGGCGGACAGCGGGGCGGCGGCGCCGGUCAUGCCGCCCUCGCCAGCACUGCCCACCUCGUGGCUGAGGCUAGCGGCGGGUUAGCGGCGGAGUCUGCUGGCGGUGGCGGGCGUGGGGGAGGGCUGUCUGGAGCACCCACACCUGCUCCCACGAAUGUGCUACCGGGGGAGGGAGUUAGCAGUGUAGCUGUGAGUGCCAAGGCGGGCGGGGCGGGAUCGGGCGCGCAUGCAAACCAGCAGCAGCACAGGCUGGAAUCGGAUGCCGCGGCGGUUAUGCCAGGAGUAACGGAUGCAGAGCGUCAGGCCAACAUACUUGCGAGAUUUGAGGUGGAUUUGAAUGACAAGAAGAAAGGCGGCGGGGUUAGCGGAAAUGCCUAUCGGCAGCAGCACAUGCAGAAGCGAGAGUCUUCCGAGGAAAGCCAGGACGCAUUUAAAUAGGAUGCAUGUUUAUGGUGGUUAGAAUGGUGGUGGGACGGCGGUGGUGGUGGUUUACAGGGACACCAUGCAUAGUCUGGGUAACUAACCAACUAACUAAAUGACUUACUGACGACCUAAUUGGAUUCACAGCGGCUGCAGACGUGGCGUAGAAUGGUUUGCGGAAACGUAGUUGAGCAGGCCAAAUUAUAUCUAGGGAGGGCGAUAAGACCAGGCGACUGCGGGUUGCACCUGCUUCUCUCCGUAUGCUUCUCUACCUACUUCGGUUAAGCAAGGCUGGUCAGAGAUACGCUGUGCGGGAUGUAUACGGCGGCGGCAGACGAAGGUUGCGCGGUUUUGUAGGAGCAUGUGCGGUGCGAUGCGAUCAACCAGGAGCAUUUAGAAGCUUCACAUGGGGCUUUGCGUGUACAGUGAGAGGUAUAUUACUGGUUGCAAUGCAUGAGGGUUAGGAGCUUAGGACAGGGGCCCUGAGCCUGUCUUGAGGUAUCGGGUGGUGUCAGGGCACCGCGUAACGCGACGUGAUGUAUGAGGCUUAACAGGGCCGCAUGGCUAAGAGUGGAAAUGGUUGCAGCGUGGCAGAAUCUAUUAGGUGUGAUUCGGUGCUGAAACCCAGCCAUCACACUCAUGCGUCAUGUGUCAUUCUAAUAACUAAUGAUGAUGACGGCAUGAAUAGUAGUAUUGCUCACUCUGUAUAAUCGUAUUUACUGAUGUUUGUCGCAGUUGAAUAUGCAUGGAAGGAUGCGACCCCUACUGACUUCAAGGGAAUCUCCCCGAGCUGGUGCUUGCAUAACUUUGCGUGUCGCACAGAUGAAUAUAAUCACUCUCGCAUCCGUCUCUUAGUCGUGUGGGAAUGUGGUGUUGUGUUGCAUGUAACGUGCGGUUUCGCCCCUAAUGCGUCCGUUCGUCCGUCCGUCCCUUUACCGUCAUUACAAUAUGGGAGGCUGCUUAUAGGGGCAACAACUUGCGUCUGGAGCCGCCUCCGCUAUCUUCUAUCAUUAUGCUGUAUAGCAGGCUGACGGGGGUGUUGCAGUGGCGGUUAGCUGGGGCAACAGUGUUGCGUCGCCGCAAAGCCUGCCUGGCGGGCCAGGUAUGGGCGGUUUUCACAGUUGGUUGCAGGCUGGCCGUUGCGUUGUACGAGCGUUGGGGUAAUUCGGUUGGGCUUCACGAUUAUGGAGACCACAUGCGCCGCUGGGUUGCGCAUCUAUCUAGUAUACUGUCGCAGGUGAUGACUCGCCGAUGUAUUCGUCAGACCUGUCGCCGUUACGAAGGCAAUGUUUAGGAGCGGCAGCUCCGUAGAUAGCUAGGGG